AUGCGCUCUGCGCAGGUUGGAUCGUCGAGCCACAGCGGCUUGCAGCCUCAGCCUCCCGCUCCGCAGGUCCCUGCGCCGAUUGUUGAGCAUUAUCCUGCUCCUGUCUUUGAGCGCGCCCCCGCGCUCGUUGCUUGGCCCGUGGCUGCAACGCCGUAUCCGCAGCUACUCUGGGUCCCUCCUGUUGCAAGCAUGAAAUUUGUGGGAGCGGGAGGAGGAGAGGUGAGGGCGCAGUUCGCCCCUCCUCGCCUUGCUGUUCAAGUGCCCACGGCGACUCUUGGGCAGCUGUGGCGCUUGGUGGAGUACCAGCAGGCCCUGCUACUGAUUCUGGUGAAUGCGGAAGCAGCCAUUCGCCAGACCCCAGGGAGCACUCUCAAUCCCGGUCCGAGAGCAGAUUGCUUGACGGCGGCGGCGCAACUCGCCUUCCUCCUGUUACCCAUGCUGGCAGCGCCCGCGCAGGGAGGCGUUGCUGUCUCGCAGCUGGAUGACACGGAUCCCAUUUCCCCCCUGUUGUGCUUUCUCUCCCACCUCGGGGUGAGUGUUGUGGCCCUGGACCAGGCCAGCCCGAUCCCUUGCCCGUUCCCUCUCAUUCACCCUCAUCCCACCAUGAUCCCGUCAUCCUCUACUGCUACAGGAUGGCUUACAAUUGCACAUUAUGCAGGGCAGAAGGCUUCUCUGGCCGGUGGCCCCUAA